GUGUGUUACCGUCUGGUGUGGCUAAAAUUGUACUUUUCAGUCUCCUUUUAGACGUCAAAGCGUUUAGAAAGUAUCAUUUCGACUUUCUCGCAAGUAAAAAUUCAACCUAAUUGUGGUUGUCAUGACAACAUUUGUUUAAAUAAUAGUAAAGCGUGUUUUUUGUGUGAAAUGAUGGCGGAAGACAGUGAUUCUUCAAAUAAUUCCCUCACUGAGCUUAGAUUGCAAAAGCCCCCGAAUAUAUCGCAAAUCGAAUCGUUACCUGUAAAGUCGCAAAAUUUGUACGAGAAGCGAUAUAAAUUAUUUAUGACAUGGUGCGCGAGUAAUAAAGAAACGCAUUAUUCUGAAAAUGUAAUGUUAAGGUAUUUUAUGUACUUGGCGAAAAAUUGCAAACCAACAACGUUAUGGGCUGUUUAUUCGAUGUUAAAAUCGACGUUGUUAAUGAAAAAUAAAAUUGAUAUUAGAUUGUACACGAGAGUUACUGCAUUUCUUAAACAACAAAAUGUUGGAUAUAAGAGUAAGCAAUCGAAGGUUUUUACUCCUCAAGAGAUUCUAAAAUUUCUCCGGGAAGCCCCUAAUGAAAGAUAUCUGAUGUGGAAGGUUUGUUUAUUAAUUGGGAUAUCUGGAGGUUGUGGUAGAGAUGAAUUACGAAAAUUAAAAGUAAAAGAUAUCGCCGAUAAAGAGGAUAUGUUAAUAAUAACAAUACCAAAUUCGAAUGGGAAAAUGCGAACAUUUACGAUUACAAACGACAUGUUUGACGGAGUAGAACCUUUACAACUUUACAGAGAAUAUUUCUCAUUAAGGCCAAUUCACUGUGAACACAACACAUUUUUUGUUAAUUAUAGAAUGGGAAAAUGUUCAGUACAAGUAAUUGGUAUCAACACAUUUUCAAAAAUUCCCAGUUUGAUUGCAAAGUAUUUACAAUUGCCGAAUCAACGAGAAUACACCGGUUUCUGUUUUCGUCGAACUUCCGCUUUGUGGUUAGCAAGCGCUGGUGCUGAUGCAUUUACGCUAAGAAGACUUGUUGGAUGGAGAACAUCUUCGAUAGCUAGACGUUAUAUUGAUGAAGGAUAUUCUAGUACUAAAAAAAAUAAUAAUGCGGAAGAAUCUGUUGGAAGUAAUAUCGUUAAUAUUAACGAUAACUCUACUUCUAAUGAAUUUAAUUUAACUAAAGAUAAUAUAGCGGAUGGUAUAACAAUAAAUGGAAUGGAAACUGAGAUUAAAAUUUGUCCAAAUAAUGAUCCAUUAGACGAUAACGACAUUAAUGAAGCAACAUUUACUGCAACAAUCCCAGAAAUUUCAAAUGAAUCAUCUAAUGAUGUAAAUCCUGAAACGAAUCAACAACCACGUGUUACUACUUCAGGAUCUUGUGUUAAUAUUUAUAAUUGUACAAAUUGUACUAUUAUUAUUAAUAGAAAAUAGUUAUUUAUU